AUGCAUCCUUUUCAUUGUGAUGCAAAUUAUUCUACAACAAGUUCUUAUGCACACUGUUUCUACUUUCUAAUCAACCUAAUAACCUUGAAACUACACAGAUUUCAGAUUUUAAGAGACCUCAUUCCUCAAAAUGAUCAGAAAAGAGACAGAGCUUCAUUCUUAUUAGAGGUAAUACAAUAUAUCCAAUUUUUACAAGAAAAGUUACAAGUAUAUGAAGGAACAUUCCAUGGUUGGAGUCCAGAGUCCACAAAGUUAAUGCCAUGGAGAGGAAAUAAUGUCACAGAUACCUUCACAGAUCAAUCACAACCCAUAAAAAACGGAUCUUUACACGAGGCUGCCCGAGCAGCUGCCCUUGACAUACCAUUACAGCAAAACACAUAUCUGCCCGACCCUGACCCUGAUCCUGCCCGGGCUGCCCAGAUUCCUCAUGAAUAUUGGGAUGAUAGAUCUCUAAUGAACGAGGAUGCUACUCCAAAUGAGCUUCAAGAAUUGAAGAUGCAAAGAGAAGGAGAUAGAGAUAGAGAUAGAAUCUCAGAUGCUUAUUCCAAAGGGCUGUUGAAUAAUCUAACUCAAGCAUUGGGUUCUUGUGGAGUUGAUCUUUCACAAGCGAAUAUUUCUGUGCAAUUUGAUAUCAGAAAAGGCACAAGUAGUGGAUCAACUUCAACAUCUUUUGGAAUCAAGGAGCAUGAUUUUCUAUCUGAUUGUAAUCAAGGAAUGGCAGAGUGUGGGAUUAGGAGGAGAGAUGAUGAUGUUGUUUAUUAUGAUCAAGUGCUCAAGAAACCAAGAACACAACAAAACCAGUAAUUACUUAUUUCUUUCUGUUAAACACAUAAUUUAUAAGUUUUUU